GUCGUCUGAUCGCGGUUGGGCUUUUAUUCGUCGUCGAGCUUUCGUGCUGGAGCGUGCGCGUCUCUCACCGUAGCGAAAUAAAAAGAGAAGAAAAGAAGAAGAGAGCGGUCUCGUUCGCGUCCGGCCGGGUCACCACGUACUAAUCUCACAAGUAGCAGAGACGCUGUAUCCAGGAAGACUAGAUAUAGGAUCGUUUCGCACGCGAAAAUGUAACGAUCUCAGUAGUGGGGCCGGUUGUCUGGAAAAUUGGUUUAGACAGAAAGGGAGAAAGAGGUGAUAUCCCUUUCCCCGCGUCGCGGCUCGCGAGUGAAGCAUCUUGCAGAGGGGAUCCAUGGCGUGAAGCAUCGGUUGGUUCAUCCAACUAUUUCUACACAGAAGUCUGAAACUCGAAAAAACUCAGGAUGCACGCGGUUGGAUUGCACUCGGCGCUGGCCAUCAAGCGUCAGAGAAAACGCCGGGACGAGCAGCGUCGUGCCCGCGAGCGUCGUUAUAGCGCGCAAUCGGGCGAGAGCGGCCUGACGUCGCCCAGGGCUUCGACCGGUUCCUUGGAUCAACAACCGAGACACCAUAAAACCGGACAUCCGAAUCGUUCUGCCGGCCAGGGUAUGUUGGAUUCGAAGGUGGUCACGUCGGUGGGAAUGCUUCACAUCGGCGUGGUCUUCCUGGUAUUCGGUGCUUUUCUUCUGAUGAGUGGCCUGUUGCCGGGAGAUCUCGCCCAAUGGGGAACCAAAGCGUCUGGAGGCUGGUGGAACGAACUGGUAGCCAUAGGUCUGUUCGCUAUCAUCGUCGGCAUGUUCCUCAUCAUUUUGAACAGGGUGAUCGCGAAGAAGGAAGAAAACGACCUGGAAGAGUACGUUCAAAGGCAAUUAACCAGGUCCAAGUCGGGACACAGACUGGAGAGAGACGCGGAAACUGGAGGAUUGACCACCAGGCAAGCCAGAAGAGCGAGGCAACUGCAACAACAGGCAGCUACCGCUGCAUCUAUAGAAACGGAGAACGAGAAAGAGUCUAGUUCUCCACCGAGAAGUCCUCCGCCUGCUUAUUCGCCGCCACCGACGCUCAACGGGGAUCAGCAGACUGCUCAGUCCGCCCUAUACCUCGAACAGAUCACCGAAGAGGAGAUUAUCAGUGACCGCGUAGAAACGUCGACCACUAACAGCCUGAGUCCCGGUUCACCGAGCGAGACCAGGGAAUUAUUACAGAAUCCUCGCCAUUCGAAGCAAAACGGCAACCCUCAACAGGUUCAUCGGCCGCUUUACGUGUCCAGGAUUUAAAUUACGAGAGAAAGUUCGGAGCCCGUUCUGGCUUGAAGUUUGUACUAUCGCGAGGAUCUCAUAUAUAUCGGGAACAAACUUGAGUAGGCGGUUUCUGCGACGGCGACGAUGAUGACAAUGGGGCGGCGUUUUUACAAUUUGGUAUCGCGAGAGCUUCGAACGUGUUUCGAUCGAAUGGGUAACAUCUUGGAAGGCGUAGUUUAUCGAUGGGAUUUGUAAAUGGUUUUGAAAUUCGAGGAAAGGGAAGAAAAAAUAUUUAGAAACGAGAAAUUGAAUCGUCCAGUUAAGAGAUUUUCUUUGGAACGAAUUAUCGGUUACGAUGAACUAAGACACACGAGCCAAUAUCGAUAGUCUGUUUUUCGAAGUUAUCGAGAUUUCGUCGAUUUCUUGUAGCAGCCGUUUAAAUUUAAAUAUCUCACUACUGUCUUACAGCUGAUUCGAUUCUUCCCGUAAGCUAUCAGUAACGAGGGAUUUUUCUUCCAAAACAAGGAUCUCGUCGUUAAACGUUCGCAAAACCUGAUCAAUGGGACCAAGGUUUCGUGCGUGACAUCAAUUUUCUUUGAACCACUUAAACAAAACGCAACACUAUCAUUCAUCAAAUACGAUAAGAGAUUAUCAAAGUACGAUUCGUCAACGAAAACAUUCCCGUAACAAAAUUCAUUGUUCGACACGUCGAGCGUUUAACAAUUCCAUUAAUCGAACUCUACGGUUCAACUUUGCGGAUGCUGAAUGAGGGCAAUCGACCGUAAAACAAGCAACUAAUCGAAAGCAUCUCAAUCGAACUACCAGUCGACGAAAGUGUAAUCUACAUAGUCGAAAAUGCAAUUUCCCGUGCGCUAAUUUCGAUUCGAGCACAGCCGCCUCUAUCUCCUUGAAAGUUUCGUAUUCUCGAGGAAUCGAGUUUCACAGAGCGUAUUCACCGAGCAUUCCACUUGGCGCCGAACGCAAUUCUGCCCCGGGCAAUUUCCCGUCAGGAAGUCCAGCGGGAACCGAUACCGGCUCCUGUCUACAGGGGCAACGUGUCUCUUUGUGUAUACGCUUCGGUUGUUACAAGGAAAGGGAAAUUUAACAAGAUACAGAGAGAGAGAGAGAGAGAGAGAGAGAAAGAGAGGGAAGAAGAAAUCCUUCCUAGCGAACGCUCGAUAGGAAAUCAAUUUCCUCAACGAAUUACAGCGGUGGUGAGAUCGUUAUUCGUGACAUUGUCGCUGCUUGUAGAAAAUGAUCGAGAUCUCGAUAGUUUCAGCUCAGACUGUGAGCUGAGAAAGUCAAGUUUCCCCUGUUACGGUGCGAAAGGUGCAACGACACGUGUACAGUUUUUGAAUAGUUUCCUUAUAGUUGUUCAGACCUGCUGCGUUCUUUGCAUCUUUUUAGAUUCGAAUUUAGAUUGAGUAAAAAAAAAAAAAGAAAUAAUUUCUGGUACGCACGAUGUCUCGUUUUAACUUAAAGUUGAACAUCUUCGUGAAAUAUCGCAAAUCUUUUUUAUUUGAUCAACGAGAACAAGAAAUAUAGAAUUCGGGAAUCGCAGCAGGGUUAAGAAUGGAAGUUUUUAAGACACGUUAAGAUUAAUCGUGUGAUUAAUCGUUAACCUGUUAAGGGUUAUUUAGCUUUCUUCUUUAUCAAGGUAUCGAUCCAAAAGACAGUGCAAGUAUGAAGAAUGUACGCGUACAAAAGGUAAGGACAAAGAAUAAGGAAUGUCACAAAAGAACUUUAUUACGAAAAUUAAGUUUGAAUAUCUUGGUAUACCUCUCGAAACAAACUUCGACGAAUUGAACUAUAUUCGUAAUAAAAUUUGUAGUAUCGUGAAAAAGUAAUUAUUUUAUAUCAAGUUAAAUACUACAGAAUACUGGGAGAAAGUAAGAAAUGUCCAAUCCUGUUAUUGUCGAAACAAAGAUAUCCGCCAAUUUUAUUAAUAUUUAGAUACUUUGUUCCUUUGUUCCUUGUUCGUGUUACGCAUGUCGCUUUAUUAUUUAGCGAUAUGCAAACAUACAAACAUGCAAACUUUCUGUUUUCAGUUAAUAUACCAGAUCUCCAACGAAUAUUUCUGUAAUUCUAAUUACGGUUGCUAACGACUAUUAGUCGACGAUAAAUAAAUAAAUAACAAUAAUAAUUUCUGUAAUUUUUCGUGUUCUAAGAAAACAUCUAAGUGCCAGUUGCCGUCAAAAAAUACGUCACAUCACCUUGAAAUCGUUUAAAAUAGACACUUCCUAUUCUUCUUUAUCCUUGUCUUUCGUACGUGAACAAUAUUACCAAUUUAAAAAUUAUUACAUUAUUUCUCUUCAAGAAAAAUAACGAUAAACUAGAGUAAUUAUCCUUCAUCGACUUCCAACAUCAGCAAAUUCGUUCCUGAGGAGGUUACCUCGUUUAUUGACCUCGACUUUUCUCGAUGAUGAACAUACGGAAGAGCGAAAGGGACGAUCCGAAAGUUUGCGGUAGGAACCACGAAAGCGAGAAAGCUAUUCGUCCAUCGAAGCUUCUGGUCAGAGUUACGAUUUCUCUUUUUUCGAAGAAAAGUUCGGAGAAGUCGCGGAAGUUCUCGACAGAACCGAUUUAAUCUUCGUUAAGUAUGAGGAAGUAAGUAAGAGCGAGGAAUCGAUCGAGUUGUCAGAUUUUUCAAGUUCUUUCGUGGUAUUGUCGAGGACGCGGAAGGGAAUAUUUUCGAGGCUGUUCGUGGCAGGCUUUGAAUCGUGCCAUAUUAUCGAGAAUAUGACAGGAUUUAUGUUUUGCGUGCGAUGGAGGUCCUCGUGGUGUACGUGUAAGGCGAAGACUAUGCGAAGAGUACCAUGAAGAAAUUCCGGAGAAACGUAUUGGUUCGCCAUUGAAAGAGGAAGUCGAAUAAUUAGAUUGCGUUUCAUAACCAUAAAACCACAUUCUUUUUUCAUUCACAGACUUUCGAUUAUUAUAUAUUAACGCGAUACGGAACGAAAUAUGAUACUUUAGAUCUUAAAAUUUAAUCAUUAUCGGAUGACAUAUUUGUGGUCCUUUGGGUUUCGAUCGUGUUUGUUCCGAGGUUUUGUGAACGUUUCACUUUUCUUCUUCUGGGCAGAGCUGAAACUGAAGUUACGAUGUCACUGGAUAUUUGUAUGCUCGCUAUGUACAAAAAUAUGACACGUUUGAAAUCGCAUUGAAAGACAAAUUGUCUUUUCCAACAUUGAAAUUUCAUUUGGAAAUCAUAAAAAGGCAGAAAAUUAGUUUAACCUUGUUUCGUAAACAAACUACGAAUGUUUGUACAAAUUCACUUUUUUCUGAAAAUUAUCAAAGAUAUAGAACGUGAACAAAGACACGCAUCAUUUUUGCUUUAUAAAAGAACAUUAUGUGCAUUCUUGUACACUUUGGCGUUUCUGAAUCUGCCAUAAAUGCAUGAACAGGGAUAUAGGAUCGAUGUAACAGAAUAUUCUGGUAUACGAAAAUUGAAUUCAAGAUACGAUAAAAUAGAAUUUUAACGAUAAGUUUUAUAAGUUUGUCCGUCCAAUUUUUUACAUAUUUCUAAACACUGUGUAUUUCUUGUAGCUUUAUAAAAAUUCGAAAUUUUACUGUGGUCUUAUAGUUAUGAGACGCAGCUUAUAGAAAGGAAAGGAUAGAAUAUCGCCAAACGCGAAGAUAUAAAACCAUGUACUCAAGGACCAAGAUAUAAUUAAUUCGAAAUGGUUGAGAUAGACAAUUUUAAAGAGGAUCUCGAAAAAGACGAAGAGAGAAUAGAAAAAUGACGGGCGGGAAAAAUGAUACCGCAUGAUGGCUGAUAUGUUUCUUCGGCCGCGGAAUAUCAGUAAUUGAAUUCAUCGAUUAAUCAUCUAUAUCCGAAAAAAAAUUCAAUUUAUUAGAUGUAUAAGAAACUAUACAGAGGUUUUCGACGUCAACAUACUCAUAUUAUACUUUAAUAUUUAAAUUGUAAGUAAAAACGGACCGGAGAUCGGGACUACGCGUCUUUAGAGAGUACGAUUUGUCGAAAACGAAUGUCCUUUAACGUUUAAGCAUGUCGUUCCCGAUAUCGAUGGUCUGAUAUCAGUAAUUGUAUAUGCAAAAUCCUUCGCGUUCUAAUCUAAUUUCACGAUUUAUUCGGUCUGACGAAAUAGGAUUAUUAAAAAAUCAUUUCGAUUUCGUGCGCGUAUAACAUUUAUCAACAAAAUGAAUAAAUAAGUGUAUCAUCCUGCCAUUCGUUUUAUUAGGUAAGUCGUCGAGUAGUAAAUUUCGUUUUGAGGUGAACGGUAUCAACAAGUCUGUAACUUGUUUCAUGUGAAAAAGUAAGAACUAUUUCGAAUCGAUGCAUAUCUCUUUUAUUUUUUUUUGUCAUUGUAUUAUCGUUAUUAUCAGGGUACCUUUGCACAAUGAUUUAUUAACUCUUUAAUAUUAGCAAAUUGAAGAGUCACGAGUUUCUCUUCCAUCAUUUUAUAAUUUUCCGUGAAAUAAUACGAUCAGAUAACAUGUAAUUUGUACAAUUUGCGUGAACAAUUCCGUUGAUUAAUUACUACAUUUGUUCCUGUGGUAUAAGAAAAUUUAUUACAGUCGAUAACUCGUGAUUUAUAAGAUUUCAUUAAUUUCAAUCGUGCAAGAGAAUCUAGGUUUUGUAUAAUCGAGUAAUAUAAUUUUUAAAUUUCAUUUAUAUUUAAUAGGAAUGUUUUGCCACGCAUCGCAUAAUUAAUUAUUCUCCUUAUCUCGUAUUUCAUUUUUUGAAGUAUUUUUCAUACGUGCAAUAAAUUUCCUUCGUAAUAUCCUCCAUUUUCGCAAACUUGUACGAAAUAUCAUGUUUUUAUUUUUCUCCCAAAAGAUUUAUUAAAUCUACAACACAGUAUGAAAUAUGUAUUCAAUCGCGUCUGCGAGCACAAAACAAUUAUACAAUCGUUGAACGUGUCUCCUUUCUUUUUUGCUACAUCUGUCUCAUGUAAUCACUUAGCUAAUCGAUUUGAUCGGUAAGAAUAGCGAUAUUUAACGGAGAAUCGACGCGAUGAAACAAUCCGCUGCUCUCGGAUCACGAGAUCGCGUUAUUUUCAUCCCUUAAACAUUACAUUCCAAUUUUGCAUUGGAUGUAAUUAAACAUUGCGUUCAAAGUACUUACGAGUAGUCAUAUAGCCUUAAUUCUUCCAGUUGAAUUCACGGUUUUUCGUGAAAGAAUGGUCGAAUUAGUAGGAAGUUUAGGUAGUAGAGCAUCUAGUCGAGAGAGGAUACUUCAUUGUAGAAAGUGUCACGAAUCUCUACCGAUUUUUGACUAUAGUCAAGGUGUAAACUAAAAGUAUAAAAUUAAGGUCGUAAAUUGUAACAGAUUACGAAGCAUUUCAUUACAUUUUCCAUUACGUUCCAAAAUUUUUUCAAGAAGAAGCUUAGCGUUCUGUAUCACAAUUGAGAGAGAAUAAGAUUCGUGAAAGAAAACUGUAACGUUUCUACUUUUCCACACGUUAUAGUUUAGUCCAGAGAUAUCGAUCGUUUAGGGUAAUUCAAUCGCUCCAUCCAUUACGUUAAUCAGCUGUUCGUCUCUUUUUAACACCUCGAAAGGCUCUAACGGUAAGAAUGGAACAAAUAUUAUUCCACGAAGUGAUAUAGACAGAGAAUAUGAUAUUUAACAAAUUCGAGGCCGCUGAUUAUAUAUUACGUGACCCGUGGUAUUCUUCUAAGCUGUGAAACGAUGAAAAGCAGACAAAAAAUUUAUUGAGGAAGAUAAAAUGGUCUCGAAUGAUAUAUCACGUGAAGUCUGCUUCUAAAUUGGGAGCGUUCCAAUCUUUUAAAAGUCACUUACUUACAUUUUUUAUACACCAAUUAAUAUUCGAUUCUCUAUAAAAGGAGGUAAUAAAGUAUUUGUACGUGAAAAUGGUUACAUUAAAAGACGUUCUACUUUCAACACGACAUCUAAAAUAUAAAAUACAAUGUUCGAGUUUGUAUUAGGUCGUCCGAAAAGUUUCUUUCGCUUUUAAGAAAAUAGUGGAUGCACAACAUUUUCCGUUUUAUAUUAUUUUGUUCCAUUUUGAUCUAUCAAGAUAAAGAUUACAACGUUCGACAGAUUAGUUUUCAUGUUUGUAUAAAGAUGCGUCGUUGUAAAAGACGUAUCUGUAAAACAAAGAUACUUUUCGGACAACCUAAUACUUCCAGUUUCCUUUAAUGUUCUUCGAAUUCUUCAAAAUCGUAUCUUGCAAUAUAAAAUCUGGUGAAAAAUUAAUAUCGGUAUUCAACUUGUCGAAAGAAUAGAACUGUACUAUAUUAUUUUACAAUGUUGCGGUAAAUUUUCUAAAUGAUUUUUUCAGUUUUCUGUUAAUAAAAUGUUUCGAAAUUGCUAAUUUACGUGUCACACAGCUACGACACAGUAAUUGAAAACAUCAAUUUUCUUCCCCACGCGUAUCUUCGUUUGGGAAAACGACUCCCUGGUAUACGUAUACAACGUAUAAAUAAAUCACAAACUAUAGUUAUCGUGAAGAUACAAAUAAACUUCGUACCUUGUUAACCGUUAUCUUGUUAUAUCGUAUAUUCGCAGUGGCAAUUUCUAAAGCACUGUACACGAUAACAUUCUAAAUAUAAAAGAAGGUAACGAUUACGACUAAUGCUAUAAAACAUUCCAACUACAACAAGCAAGUUCUUUCAUUUUACUUAAUUACUUUGACAUUUUAUAGUUUGAUAAAACGUUAUGCAAGGAAUGUUACGCGUUUGUUAUAUCACGAGAUAUAUAUAAAUGUACUAUCAAAUACCAAAACUAUUUCUAAAAGUGGAAAUUAAGGCAGACUUAAGGUGAAAAACGAGUGAAUCAGAGUCAUUGGCAUUUAGGGUAACGUAGAGUUAUUCGACUCAGCUAAGUUUUUAAACCAUAAAAACUUCACUUUGAACAUUGAACAGAAUGAUCACGAGACGCUAUUAGUCUCUGUAACAACGGAAGUAUGAGAGUAUACCGCGUGCUUAAAAUUGAGCAAGAAAAAGCAUCAGGAAGAAAAUAAUCGAAACAACCGUAUGGAAAGAUACUCUACCAUACUUUAUAGCAGGAUCUCGAUCUCGAAUUCGUUAAUAUACUAUCGAAGGAGAAAUUGGGACGUGUAACGAUAAGAAAGUACGUAUUAUCUGUGAUGUGUUUGCAACCUAGUUGAGGCACAUAGUGCGGCCGUGAAAUGGGUGUGGUAUCUGACGUGGCGCAAGAAAUAACCCUGGACGAUCGAAAUGUUAAGGGGCGAUGGUUAAACUUGAAAACUGCGUCGAGAUUCGUGCACUGUAUUUCGUAUCUUUGUAUUUCGUUCAACGACGUCGUCGUAAUCUCGACGUUAGUUAGAUUUACGCUGCGUGUAUCAAGUGCCGCUUUUCUCUCAUGAGCGUAUUCAAUCUCGAGAUUUUCGAACCCAUGAACGUUAACAUUUAACUAUAAUUAGUCGAGACAGCUGCAAAAAUCUUUUCCGGCGUCCUGAUUUAUCGAUAGGGGGGCGUCCAUUGUCCAGUGACUGAUAGCGCAGUACAUGUUAAGAUAGUCUGUAAUUUUAAUAUGCUAUAUUCCAUUUUGUAAUAACUUGGGUAUUUAAUUACAUAUGCUAGCUUUAGACGGCGAGAUUUUCGAAAACGACCCGAUACGCGAUGUUCAUUUACAUAUGUGUGAUUGAUAUCGUAAUUAUGCCAUAACGGUCACACGAAUGGUGUACGAUUAAAAGACAGGAAGCGAAGCAGAAAGAAAGAAGAAAAAGCGAAAAAAAAAGAGAAAGACACGACGAACGAGAGUGGAAACGAUUUCUUUCUUUCUCUUUUUCUUUUCUUUUCGCGAAUGCAUUGAGAACGACGUUCCCUGUUUUCAUCGAUCGGUCGUUUUCGAACGUCUUCAAGAAGAAAUUGCCACGCUCGGGCGCUACCAUUCUGUGAUCCAAUGAAAAAUUAAUUAAUUAAUCUCAUACCGAGAAAACGUGAAUGAUGUUCUUUCGAGGAAUCUUACUCUGUACAUAUAUUAUAUUAUUAUACAUCUCUACCUUUUUUAAAUUGGGACACCGUGUAUUUAUUAAGAAAAGAGAGAUAGAACGAAGAAGGAGGAGAAAGAAGAAGGGAGACAGAAAGACAAAGAAACGAGAUGAACUAGUGAACGAAAUCGAAAAUAAACAUAGAAACAAGUGGUGUCUCCACUUUUUCCAUUCUACGCAAUUCAAACUUUUUGUAUACUCUUGCAAAGCUGAAGAAAAACAAGGGAGAAAGAGAGAGAGUGAGAGUGAGAGAGUGAGAGAGAGAGAGAAAGCAAGAGAGCGCAAGAGUAAAAAAGAAAGUAACACGAAUGAUGAUAAAGAAACGAAUGCCGUGAGUAGAGUUAUGAGAGAAGUAAGCAUAAAAGACAAAAAGAAAAAACAAUGAAUAAAAAGAAGGAAGAAAAUUAGCGAAGCGAUUUGGUUCGAUUGAAUGUUGAGUGAAAGUGCCUUUUGCGAUGUGUUUCGUAUUUCGUAUAGCUUUUCGUCGUUGAAGGGAACCGAUUGCUUUCGAUUAACAAUUCUGUGCCAUUUCCACUUACUAUAAAGCAAGAAUUGUAUGGGUAACGCGUAUUUAUGAAAUAUUCGAUAACGAAAGGUGAAACCUUAAUUUUCCUAAUUUUUCACGUUUCAUCGAUCGAUCGAUAAAUCAAUUAUUAUGUAAACUAUUGUGUAUAAUACUUCGACGUAUAGGGUGUUUCGCAACAUAUGACAAAAUGGUCAAGUAAUAACAUAUGGUUUUAUUAUCAGUGUUAUUGCUGUUGUGUAAUAUUUGGUUCAUUCAGUCACUCGAAUUAUUUGGUUUUGUAACACAUAACUCUCCUCGUAUCAUACCUCUAUGGUAGUCGUCGAAUUUUUGUUAGUUCCUCCAAGUGCCAAUUUCGCUUAGAAUAUAUCGUCCAAUGUUUCUCAAACAUCCUGUACAGGUUUAAAAUAUAUUUAAAACGUGAACCAGCAAUUAUCAACAUUUAAAUACCUUAACAAAUAUGCGUAUAAUUAAUCUGCAAGCGCAGGAUGUUAUAAUAUUCUACACGUUAAUGUACGAAUUACAUCAAACUCUGUAAAUGAAAAAAGAAAUAAACGGAACAACAAGAAUAGGACAUAAACUACAGAAAAUACCAAGAGAUAUGGUUAAAAGCUUGCAACAAAUAGGAUCAAGGAACGAGCUACACAAAUUAAUAUAAACUCUAUAAAAUCAUAUUUGCCACAUACCGUGCAAACUUAUUCAAGAAAGUAUUCCAAUCUUCUAGAUUCAUGCGAUAUUUCAAAUACAUUUGAACAACGAUAAUUACUGGUUCAUCUUGUACAUUUUAUACGUUCGAAGUUACGAUACUUACUAUUAUAACAUCGUUUAAGGUAAAUUAAAAGGUCUCUUUUUCGAACGAUUAAUUUUAUUCUACCAUUCUACCUUCGAAACUGAAAGGCUGAAAGCGCAGAUUAACUUUAAUCAUAAGUAACCUCUGCACUUUUCUCGCGUUCAUUUAAACGAUCUAUAUUGUGUGUUCAUCGAACGGUGGACUUAUUCUAUUAUACCAUAUCGUAUCAAAUUAUAAAGUUUUUUCUUUUUUUAUUGUUGUACAUUGUAAUGGAUUUUUAAGGCACGACAAAUCUCCCAUUAGGAAUACACGCUUCGCGUAUAUUCUACGAUCGGGGGAAAGAGGACGUUAAAUGGGGGAUGGAAAGUGCUAUUGAAAGGGACGGGUUCUACGGCACGUUAAUUUCAGGUACAGAAAUAUCUUAAAAUAAGUGGUACAAUUACAUUUAUGUAGUACCUUGCGCACACUUUUAGAGUGUGAAAGCUUAAAGCUUUAAAAUGGAGGGAGGAGAAGGAAUGAAAUUCCGUCUUAAAGUUAAGGGUCCCUUCCAAGAAUCAUCCAGUAUGUGAGAAUUUUUCGCUAUUCGAGGAUUUUUAAAUAAUUUACGUCGAAGAGUGGAACAACGAUAAUUUCAUUUGAAUAAUUCCUUCGCGGUUGAUUUUACACGCACCAAAUUGAUUUUGUUUUUUUUUUAAUAAAUUAGUACUUAUCCGAUACUGUACUGAUAAGACUGGUUUCAAAUUUUAGUAGAUUAUGUCUUUACAAGACUGAAAAUUGUGCGAGAAACGUGUUUCUAUUACUGACGAUUAAUAGAAAAUAAUUUUUCUCACAGGCUAAAAGGAAUUUGGUGCUGAAAGAGUUAAAAGUAAAAAUUAUUUGAUCAUUUCAUAAAAAAUUAUGCCCUGGUAAAAGCAAUUCUGUUCUUGGUAAAGAUUAAAUUUCCGUCGAAAAAUUUCUAAUAAGAGUACAUUCCUCUCGAUGAAAACAUUAAUUUCAAAAUUAUAAUGACAAGUUUAACAAGAGUUAGAUUUAACAAGAGAGAGAGUAACAAGAGAGUUGAUGAAAAGUAAUUUUACGGUCGAGGAGUAAAGGUAAGGCACACGCGAAAACAAAUUAAAAAUAUCUGGUUGUUCUGAAGUAUCUUGUUUGCUCUGCUACGUAAUUUCAUCCAGUUUUUUUUUCUCCUGAUAUAAUUAUAAUCAAGGUUUCCCAUGAAUAUGUAAUUUGCCUUCUUAAUUUAUGAACGCUAUUUAUAACGUUGUCUCGAUACCUUUAUCGUUAUUAUCGUAAAUUAUUCGGUGAUACCAAACUGGACAGUUGAAAAUGAUAUAAUAAAUUCUUAUUACAAUCGACAUAUUCGGACAAAAUAAUUAUAUGUCUUCCGAUAAAAUUAACGCAAGAUCUUUUCACUUUGAUCAAUUUUUCUUUAUGAGAUCAUUAAUUAUUUUCUAUAUAAUGUAGGUAAAUAUAUUUGUAACAUCGUGAAACAACAAAUCGCUCCUUUUCUUUCGUUUUACUUUUUUAGAAAUUUUUUUAGAAAUUUUUCUUUUAGAAAUUCCUUUUAGUAAUAUUUUACAUCGCGGAAUUAAAAAAAGAAUCUAACUUUUAAAAAAUUGUUUAACGUAUCUAGAUGUUAAGAGGUAAUACUCUUUUAGCGUAAACUAUAGUUUGGUGUCUUCUUUUAGUUCCAUACUUUUAAACAAAUUCUAUUUUUUCAUUUACAACCUAAUAUUGUUCAAUCACAGCAAUAAGCACAUGUGGCACAAGAAAGGAAUAUUUAAAAUUACACAUACUUAAUUCACAAUCUGCACAUAUGACUGUUGUAUUCAAACGGGAGAAAGGAAAUACAUUUUUGUGUUCUAUUUCAAUCUUUUCUCAAUAUUUUCUCUUAGCCUGCUGUAAUUGUUUCUAGAUUAUAUUCUUUAUUCGCAUUUACCACCUUACCACAAAACGUGCUUAAAUAUAGCAAAUAUAAAAAACAAAUUUAGAACUAUAUUUUGCUUUGAUAUCACAAGAAACAUCGACUCUCAAAGUCUUGCACCACACAGCAAAAUUUAUUUUCUAGUAUCUUCUACAUUUCGAUUACAUAUACCACACAUCCUUCUCUACAUGCCGAACAUUGGAAAAUCUUCUACGAAACCUAAGAAAGAAGGGAUAAUGAAAAAGAAUUAACAAGUAUAGUUGACAUCGACGAAUACUCACGAAGGGACCCUGAAACACGGAAUAUUCCAGAAAAAAAUUCGAAAGCUUCGCGGCGGAAUUAAAUCGAGCAUUUCUAAUCGGUAAUUUGAAAAUCGAGGCUCGUUAAAAAAGAUACUCGGCAGUUAAUUAGCGAGCGACGUGAAAGGCGUUUAUAGACGACGUGUCACUCGUCUCUUCGUUGUUGAUUCUCAUCUAUUAUACGAUCACACAGACGUACUUACGUCCAUCGAGAGACUCGUGGAUGUUUUAUUUCUGUAUGCGAACCGUCUCGUUCGCCUCAAGGACUAAACUCGACGAUGAAACUGGCGUUUUAUUCGCUGCGAGAAUGGUCCCAUUGGGGUGGUAAUAGACCCGCGAAGUUCUUCGUUCACGGCAUAUCGAUUCGAGACUGGAAAGGAUGGCGGAAAAGCUUAGGGUAAGCAGAGGAGAGAGGAAUUCCCUCGUGUGUGAAACAGAAUUUCGUAGUAAUAAGGAAUCCGUCGAUCUUUAGGGGACGGAUAAGCAACUCUGUAUCGGCGUUUCCUUGUUGGUCGCGCUUUGAAAGAUCGAGAAACAACAUUUCGUGUAAUUGAUUAAGAAAGCGUGUUUAUUUCUACGAAGAGUAUUUAGUGAGGGAUAAAGCGUAGACUGAUAUGGAAACGAAUCACUUUUUAAUCGGCGAGAAUACGUAAUUACGAUGUUUUCUCAUCUCGCGAGGUUUUUCUCCUUCGAGUUGGAAAUCCAAAGAAAAAGACUCGUCUCUGACUAAUCGUUUCAGUGUUUGCUAUAAGAUAUACAUUUGUAAGAAGGGAAUGUGCGUGUGCGUGUGUAUACCAGACACACAGUUUGUCUUUUGUAAUUUUUUUCGACUCGAAGUAUGCACGUCUAAUAGUUGUAAAAAUAUGAGAAAUAUAUGUGUUUUAUGUAAAUGUGCUAAAUAACCAUUCACGAAGCUGAGACGACAUGUUAUACAUUCAAGAGAUCUCUUAUCCUAUACGAUGUAUGAAUACGUUGUGUGAACACUAGUGACACGGAAUCAGAAUUGAAUUGAAUUAAACAUGGUAUUCGUUGAAUACGAAUGAUUUAACAUGGAUGUGCGUAUUACGGAUUAAACACAGAAAUGGUAGUUUUUAAAGAAAAGAAAAAAUAUUGACUUUGGAUAGAGGAAAGGAUCAGAAGAACGUAAUCCAUUCGAACGUAAAGUAAUUUUACGCGUAAUCUUACUGUAUGUACAAGUUCUAUUAGGACGUAAGAUAGACGAUAAGAAUUAUGGAGUAUGUGGCUGAUUGUGGACAGCGACGAUCUUUAUCAUUGUUAUAAUUAUUAUAGCUCUUGCAUACACUAUUGCAAUACGUAUUACUACUGCAACUAUUAUAAAUAGGAAUUAAUAAGCUUUCUUAUGCCGUUUCUCUAUUGUACCACUUAUAUACACCUGAUGCACGACUUUUCGAGAAUAAAUCUUUAUGAAACGCUCCAGUCUUUGUAA